AGAAGAAGGCGGAGCGGCGGAGACCGGGGUCCGCCCCGCCGUCAUCGCCAUGGCCUGCUCCCUGCCGCAGUUCUGCUCCUUCCAGGAGCUGCAGGCGGCGCGGGACUUCCUGUUCCCGCACCUGCGGGGGGAGCCCCCCGGCCCCGCCGCCCCCGCCCCCCCCCGGAGGGACGAUGGUAAAUUGACGAACUGGGAAGAUGAUGGCUGGGGAGCAUGGGAUGAAACUGAAGCAAAAGAACCUGAGGAAGAAAUUCCUUGCAAGACCCCCAAAACAUAUUGGCUCCAAGAUUGUGUGAUAUCCCUAUCUCCAACUAAUGAUCUGAUGGUUAUAGCUCGUGAGCAAAAGGCUGUAUUUCUAGUGCCAAAAUGGAAAUACAGUGACAAAGGAAAGGAAGAAAUGCAAUAUGCUGUCGGUUGGAGUGGGUCUUUAAAUGUUGAAGAAGGGGAAUGUGUUAGCAGCGCUUUAUGCAUCCCGUUGGCCAGUCAGAAGAGGAGUUCUACUGGGCGUCCUGACUGGACCUGCAUCGUGGUGGGAUUUACCUCAGGUUACGUGCGCUUCUACACUGAGAACGGUGUGCUGCUGCUUGCACAACUUUUGAAUGAAGACCCUGUGUUACAGCUUAAAUGUAGAACCUACGAAAUCCCCCGUCAUCCAGGAGUCACAGAACAGAAUGAAGAAUUGAGUAUCCUGUAUCCAGCCGCAAUUGUAACGAUCGACGGUUUCAGCCUUUUUCAGUCCCUUCGGGCUUGUCGAAAUCAGGUAGCACGAGCUGCAGCAUCAGGCAAUGAGAACAUUCAGCCACCGCCCUUAGCGUAUAAGAAGUGGGGCCUGCAAGAUGUUGACACCAUAAUCGAUCAUGCAAGUAUCGGUAUCAUGACCCUUUCUCCAUUUGAUCAAAUGAAGACUGCCUCAAACAUUGGUGGAUUUAAUGCAACGAUAAAGAAUAGCCCACCUGCCAUGUCCCAAUACAUCACUGUUGGUUCCAAUCCGUUUACUGGUUUCUUUUAUGCUUUAGAGGGUAGCACCCAGCCAUUGCUGUCUCAUGUUGCUUUAGCAGUUGCGAGUAAACUCACUUCCGCUUUAUUUAAUGCUGCCAGUGGUUGGCUUGGCUGGAAGAGUAAGCACGAAGAGGAGGCCGUCCAAAAGCAGAAGCCAAAGGUUGAGCCGGCUACACCGUUAGCUGUAAGAUUUGGACUUCCGGAUUCCAGGCGCCAUGGUGAGAGCAUAUGUCUCUCUCCUUGUAACACGCUGGCAGCAGUAACGGAUGAUUUUGGCAGGGUCAUUUUACUGGAUGUGGCUAGAGGACUUGCGAUUCGCAUGUGGAAAGGAUACCGCGAUGCUCAGAUUGGAUGGGUGCAAGUCAUAGAAGACCUGCAUGAAAGAGAAUCGGAAAAGACGGAUCUCUCUCCUUUUGGGAACACUCAAGGCCCAAGCAGAGUGGCACAAUUUCUGGUGAUUUACGCUCCAAGGAGAGGGAUUUUAGAAGUUUGGAGUACUCAGCAGGGGCCCCGGGUAGGAGCUUUCAACGUGGGAAAACAUUGUAGGUUGCUGUACCCUGGCUAUAAGAUAAUGGGUUUAAAUAACGUGACCAGUCAGAGCUGGCAGCCCCAGACGCAUCAGAUCUGUCUUGUUGACCCAGAGGCUGGAGGUGUGAAAACUGUUAAUGUUCCUUUCCAUUUAGCACUGAGUGAUAAGAAGAGUGAACGAGCCAAGGACAUGCAUUUGGUGAAAAAGCUAACGGCUCUUUUGAAAAAUAAAACUCCAAAUCUUGAUUUGGUUGAAACUGAAGCAAAAGAAUUGAUUAUUGAUAUUAAAUACCCUGCUACCAAGAAACAGGCUUUAGAAAGCAUAUUGGCAAGUGAACGUUUGCCAUUUUCCUUCCUGAAGAAUAUCACUCAAACACUGAUGGACACAUUAAAAAACCAAGAGCUUGAGUGCAUCGAUGAAGGACUGUUGCAGUUUUGUGCCAACAAGCUGAAGCUGUUGAAUCUGUAUGAAUCAGUCAGUCAACUGAACUCCCUUGGGCAUUCUGACACACAGUUCUCUGAAAAUGAUUUGGCUAUGUUAUUGAGACUCGAUGAAAAAGAACUGCUUAGGCUCCAGGCUUUGCUACGGAACUAUAAACAAGAAAAUACGAAAACCAGCGUACGAUUUGCUGAUGAUGAAGAUGGUAUGUUGCCUGUGAAGACAUUCCUGGAAUAUUUAGAAUAUGAAAAGGAUGUGAUAACUGUGAAGAAGAUAAGUGAUGCAGAAUUUGUGGCAUUAGGCAGCUUCUUUUUCUGGAAGUGUUUGCAUGGAGAAAGCUCCACUGAGGACAUGUGCCGGACAUUGGAGUCUGCCGGACUCAGCCCCCAGUUGUUGUUGUCUCUGCUUCUGAAUGUGUGGCUUUCUAAGGAAAAGGAUAUUAUAGAUAAACCACAGUCUGUUUGCUGCCUUCACACAAUGCUGUCACUUCUGAGCAAGAUGAAAGUUGCAAUAGAUGAUUGUUGGGAUUCGCAGUCGGUGUCUCCCUGGUGGCAGCAGAUGCGUACAGCUUGCAUUCAGUCCGAGAACAACGGCGCGGCCCUGCUCUCCGCACACGUCGGGCAUUCUGUUGCAGCCCAGAUAUCGGACAGCACGGCGGAGAAAAAAUUUUCCCAAUUGGCUCUAGGCGCUGAUGCGGAAGGCCUUACCGACUCCUGGGAGGCGCUCUCGCUCGACACCGAGUACUGGAAACUUCUGCUGAAACAGCUGGAGGAUUGUCUGAUACUUCAGACGCUGCUACACAGUAGAGCGAACAACCGAGGCUCCAAGUCAUCCGCUCUGCAGGCCGAGCCCCUGGCCAGACUUUCGGUAAAGAAACUGCUGGAAGGAGGAAAAGGAGGAAUUGCAGAUAGUGUAGCUAAAUGGAUAUUUAAGCAAGACUUUAGUCCUGAUGUGUUGAAACUGGCUGAUGGAGAAAGAGAUCAAGACCUUGCAGAACCACCUCAUGAAGCCACCAGUAAAGUUUUCCCUGAGGAACCAGAGGCCGGGAUGGAUUUGCAAACAAUACUAGAAUUGCUGCAUUUAGCAUAUCAACAAUUUCCUUGUAGCCUUGAAUUUGAUGUGAUACAUGCGCACUGUUGUUGGGAAUAUGUUGUGCAGUGGAAUAAAGACCCAGAGGUAGCACAUUUUUUCAUUCGGUCUAUAGAACACCUGAAAUGUAUCCUUAACGCCCAUGUGCAACACGGGAUCGCUUUAAUGAUGUGGAACACAUUCAUCGUUAAGAGGUUUUCUGCUGCUACGUAUCUGAUGGACAAGGUUGGCAAAUCUCCAAAGGACAGACUCUGCAGGAGGGAUGUGGGGAUGAGCGACACAGCGAUGACAUCUUUUCUUGGCUCGUGCUUGGACCUGCUCCAGACUUUAAUGGAGGCCGACGUUGGCAGCGAUGAAAUGCAAGUCCCCGUGUUCGACCUGGAGGACGCGUGGGUGUCCGUCGAAGGGCCCAUCUCUAUAUUGGAACUGGCCGUGGAGCAGAAACGCAUCCACUACCCGCUGGUGGAGCACCAUUCUGUUCUGUGCACCGUCCUCUAUGGGAUCAUGAGGUUUGCUCUGAAGGCAGUGAAGCCCCUCUCGCUCUUUGACAGCAAGGGCAAGAAUGCGUUUUUCAAAGACCUGACUUCAAUUCAGCUCUUGCCCAGUGGCGAUAUGGACCCCAACUUUAUCUCCAUGCGUCAACAAUUUUUACUGAAAGUGGUGAGUGCCGCAGUCCAGGUGCACCCUGCUGGGCCCAAGGGGCCCGAAACCGCAGGAGAGGCGGCCUGCCCUCCUGCUCCCGGGAAAGAACGAGACUGGCCCGCUCUCGCCGUGGACUUGUCCCAGCCCCUUCAAGUGAACGAGGACGUGAUCAGAAGGCACUAUGUAUGCGAGCUCUAUAAUUAUGGCAUCGAUCAACUUGGAGAAGAGGCCAUCCUUCAGGUGCACGACAAGGAGGUGCUGGCCUCGCAGCUGCUGGUGCUGACGGGGCAGAGGCUGGCCUACGCGCUGCUCCACACCCAGACCAAGGAAGGCAUGGAGCUGCUGGCCAGGUUCCCACCCACGCUGUGCACCUGGCUCAAGGCCAUGGACCCCCAGGAUCUUCAAAACACUCAAGUGCCAAUCGCCACGACAGCCAGACUGGUAAACAAGGUCAUCGAGCUCUUACCGGAGAACCACGGCCAGUACGGCCUGGCCUUGCACCUCAUCGAGGCCGUGGACGCCAUUUCGGUCCCCUCGUCGUGACGCCUCUCGCCCGCCCGGAGACCCGGAACUUCGAGGAGAACCCUUCCUCGUGGCUUUUUGUAAAUAAGAGAACAACAUCCGCAGCUUUGAAACCGUGACGUCCCGGCUCGAUUCUUCGCCACCAAAUGAAUAUCGAAGAGAUUAGUUUAAACUGCCAUCUAAGGCAAAGACUAGCGAAGCCCGGUUUUUCCGUGUCUGCCGGGCUCGACUUGUGGUGUAGCUGUUCAUUCUAGCCGCUGUUUUCGUUAGCCUAGUUUUCAGGUGUCCUUUUUCUCCGAUUCUCCGUUUCAUACUCUAAAUACGUUAGUCGUCGUGAUCUGUGUGCUCCUGUACGAUCCCGGUGAGAACGGGAGGGAGAAAACCUCUACGGUCCCUCAAUCGACGCUAGGAAAACCCUUCUCUGGUGCCAUCGUGCUUCGUCCUAAGCUAGGCUGCGACCACGGGGAAGAUCUGGCUGUGGAAAGGUCCCUUCGGGUGGAGCUGCUGGGCCGGAGGAGCAAAAGGAGAAGCAAGUAGGACUCAAACCAGCGAAACUGCACCUGAACUGCUGGGUCUCCCGUAAAAUCACAGUGAAUCCCUCAGGACGGAAAUGAGAAAUGUAAAAAUGUAUUAUCUUGUAAAUCUUAAAUCCAGACACUAUUUUUCCUAAGAGGUUCGUCGUCGGAUCCGGUGAUUCUUUUGUGCUCAUAAAUUGUAACGUACGAUAUGCACGAUGCUUUGGAAGAACGACUUAGCAGACCUACCUCACAGGGGUGUUGUGAGACUUAAUUAAAAUUUCAAGAGCAUAGCUCUGGGCUGUGAGCUGGGGGAUCUCAACAGUCACCUCUUGAAAUGUAACGGAUCUCUUCUUUGCCCCACCAUUUCUGCCCCCACCCAUGGGUCCUGUGGGAGGGGAGGGGGAGGAAAAUGCCGAAUGUUGAGCUGCCAGUCCUAUAACCCAAGAAUUGAGCUAAAGUUAAAGCAACAUUUUUAUCCGUUCAGGUGUCCUGGCGUUGGUUGGAGGGCCUUUUUAUAUUCCUGAAUGAGUCACAGAUGUUACAAGACGAGUUGGCACUUCAACCCAGAAGAAGAAACGUUUUCACUACUUGGGCGGUUUCUUCUGAGUGAGAAUAAGCGAGGAGGAGGAGGCGAUAAAGGCGCUGAAUGGGCAGAAACGAUUCCUGGAGAUGCCGUGACCCGUUGAGGCCUUCCCUCGCUAGCCCGUGGCUCGGUUCCCUCUGGGUCUGCCAUCCUGUAAGUAGGCCGAAGCCCAGAUUUACUCCCCCAUGUUAAUGCGCACCACUCUACUAAACGUUCCGCCCGCUGAAGGCUUUGCUCUCUUGUUUUUCACUUGAGCUUUUACGCAUCGCUAUGGGGUAUGACCCAGGGCCGUUUUUACCUGCAGCAUUACAGUUGCCAGGUCUAGCUAUGAGAUUCCUUAGGAGCAUUCUGUAAGUAAAAAAUAGCUGCAUCUUUAUUCGGGAGAGGGGGGCAUAGUUUAUGAAUGGAAUAAGUUUGUUGUUCUACUUUAAAAAAAAAAAAGAAUCCCAUUUAGAAACACCGUAGCGGUUCCAAACCCUGCAGCCAUUUGCAGUCCGAUUCGAAACGGUUGCAAGUCGGCUUAUAAGUUCAGAUAAUGAGGAGGUAACUGCCCCGCAGAAAUGUUGGGGGCUUAAAGGAAGGUGGCAGUUAGAGUGGUGACUAGUAAGCAGAAUUAAGUGGUCCUGUUGAUUUGCACUCGGGCACCGAGCUACUUACUCUCUGAAGAAUAGUAAGAUGGCAGCAGAGACGUUUCUGGGCUAAAUAGAUCGCCUGCAAAACGGGCAGUCAGUUGCACAGGGAACAAACGGACUGUUCCUCGUAACCCUAUUUAAUCUGGUCCAUCGCGACAUCUGCGACGCAGUCACGGGAAAAUCAAGAUAGUAAAGAUGGGGCACGGCGAUCGGUCUCCGUGAGAGGAAACUCAGUCGCUGUUCCUGGGCUCCCAAGGGACUCCGUGAAACGGCAUAAAGCGUCUGCAGUCAGAUCGUGAAUUGGUAUUUUGAUUUAUGGAUCCUACCGACACGUAACUUAGAGUAGUAACUCGGUUCCAGAUCGGAUUCGGUUUCUGGUGAAAGAAACGUCUUAGGCUAGACUCUGCGAUAUUGCUCUUUUAAGCUUCCUUCAGAUGUGUCUGCCCGGUUCUCGCCGUGACCCGUAGAUGGCAUGAAAGUAGUAAGUUAAGAACCACUUCCUACCUGGAAGAUGAGGCUUCGGAAUUCAGACUCGGCUCCCGAAAGCUAACCCGUUGCGGGAUAGCGCCGACUGUCCCGUCACAGUCCCAUUUCAGAUAGAUGCUUUUCUGGCGGAGUUUUGCGACUGAGUAGUCAAAUGCUGUAUAUACUGCUCCUCUUUUCAGUGUCGGUUCAUCUUGGUGGAUUUGUGUAUAUUGGUGAAAUAAAUUUUGGGCUUUCAUUA